UCGUAGCAUGAAGCAUCAGUUCGUCGUCUCCCAAUACCUUUGCAAGAUGUGGUUCAAAAUCCUUCUAAUAUACGUCUGGUUAUUCAGAUAUGUAUCUUGUGAAAAAAGCCUUGCUAUAGUGCUUGAUACAACGGGAUCUAUGCAAGAGGAGUUAGAAAAUAUAAAAGUGGGUAUUAUUUCUGCAAUCAGUCCACCUACUAAUGCGGCGAUUACUGAUUAUAUUUUAGUGCCGCUUAAUGAUUCUGAUGUAGGAACGCCUACAAUAGUGCACAAACCAGGAGAACUGAUUUCUUCAGUGCGUUCUGUGACUGGUGGAGGAGGGACUAUAUGCCCAGAAAAUACAUUAUCAGCCAUUGAAAAAGCCCUUAUAAUAAGUAAACCAAGAUCAAACAUUUUCGUUUUUACCGAUGCGUACGCGAGAGAUGCCCACAAAUUCGGUUCCGUUGAAAACUUAUGCAGGUCUACUGGCAGUCAGGUUGUCAUAGUUUUGAGUGGAUUUUGUUCUUCGAAGUUAUCGCCUAACGCGACUGUACAAGCGUAUUACGAUGUAGCUAGAGUUUGCUCAGGCGCAUUGCUCCUUUUCGAUGCGGCCGCUUUGAGAUAUUCUUUCAUAUACAUAAGGGAGGUAAUCAACGAGGAGUGGACAGAUAUUACCGCUUAUGAUACAUUCACGUCAUACAAACAAUUGUCUUUUUCAGUUGACACAUAUACAACGAGUUUAUUGAUAGUGGUUUCUGGUGAUUAUCCUAAGCUGGAAAUAUUGACACGCGAUUCCUCAAAUCACACUGUCGAGAAUGUAGUGGACACAAGACAUACGAAGGUAUUACGUUUGAAAAAUCCAACAUUCGGUAACUACACGGUGAAAAUCAGUUGUCGGGAUCAAACUUCCCUUUUGAUAUACAAAAAGUAUGAAUUACCGGUCACCUUCGGAUUUUCAACAAAGGUGCCUAGAAAAAUGAUUGAAACUAGUAGAAGACCUAUGCCAGGCCGAGUGAAUUAUAUCCUCGUCGAUGCAUCGCAAGGUAAACUGAAACUUGAAGGAAUAGAAAUACAAGUGGCGAAUGAAGAGAAAAAAUCAUUGGAGAUACAAGAAACUCUUACCAAAGGCAUCUACCUGACCAAUACAUUUAUUGAUCCUGAUAAAUCUUUUCGUAUUUGGAUAAAGGGGUCUGAUACAACUACAUUUCAGGAAAUAGAGACUUCAUCAGAAAACAUUUUUCCUCAAAAAGGCACUGCAACAGAUCCAACGUGGACUAAACCUCAUUCGAUACUAUUAGAAACUGACCCAGUGACUGUUGAUUUCGGAACAAAUGCCACUUUUGCAUGUAAAGUUACUGGUUACCCAACACCAAACAUCGUGUGGGAGGACAGCGAUGGAAAUAUAUUGCCUUCAGAGAAAGAGCUACUGGAAAUACCAUCAUUACACAUAAGUUACGUCAGCUUAGAAAAUGCAACUGUCAAUACCACGAUAUACUGUAAAGCUAAGAAUUCAAAAGGUGAAGAUAGUCAAAGUAUUAACGUAUAUGUGCAUAGGCCAUUCACAUUUGAGGUUAUUCAGACUCCAGAAGACAAAACUAUCGAAUACGGGAGUGAUGGAAAAUUAUACUGUGAAGUAUCAGCGUAUCCACCUGCCGAGGUAAAGUGGUCCUAUAAUAACAGCGCCAUAUUACCGUUUGAUGAUGUACAAAUAGACCCCGAAACGAACGCACUGUGGAUCAAAAAUAUGACCACUAAAAAUGUCGGUGAAUAUGAAUGUGAAGUCACCAACGAAGCCAACAAAAGAACUUUCUCCGCUACCGUUUCAAUUUCGGGCAUAGAAGCCCCUGAAGUCGUUGUUGAUAGAGAAAACGUUACCCUCAGGCUAGGAGAAACGACUUAUCUUGAAUGCAGAAUUAUUAAAGGAAAGCCAAUACCUACCAUAACAUGGCAAUACCUACCUUAUGAUGGAUACGACUACUGGAAUGCACCAGAAGGCACAGAGGUUACUGAUGACGGCAAGCUAAAGAUAAUAUCAGCAGCGAAUGUACACUCCGGCAAAUACAAGUGUGCAGCCAACAAUAUAUUAGGCACUGGUGACUCAGUAAUCCUCGUCCAAAUACAAUAUCCGCCGUCGAUAUCGGAUCCUGAAACCACUACACUGACAGUUAAAGAAGAAGAUGACGUAGUGUUACCGUGCAAGGUUAAAGCUUCACCAGAAGCUACCGUGCAUUGGGAAAUCCCACACGAAGUUAUAUUAGACAGCAGACAUUAUACCGACCAAAAACAUAAUCACCGAUUUAGAGCUUUGUGGAAAGAUUCUGGCGAUUAUGAGUGCAUCGCUGAAAAUGGUGUAGGUGUGGCAAGGAAAACUAUAACAGUGGAUGUCCUUGUUGCACCGUAUAUUGAAGGUCCAAGUCACAAGACUGUGGUUGCGAGAAUUGGCGACAAUCUCGUGUUGAACUGUAACGUCCAGUAUGGCAACCCUGUGCCAUCUACCAAAUGGCAGUUUAUAGCGCCGGAUUCUACCAUAAAAGUUUUGUCAAGGAACCGUUUGUCGAGUCCACUGCAUUUAAACAAUGUAAAAUAUACCAAUGAGGGAUCAUAUAUGUGCAUAGCAGACAAUAGUAUUGGCACCGACAGCAUAACUAUUUAUGUUAAAGUACUAUAAACCAUUAGUUACUUAUAGAUAAGAUUUUAAAUGUAUCGGUUUAUUAUUACAAUAAAUAACUUCUGUCAAAA